AUGGCGUCAACGCAGGACGCUUGGUAUAUUUCAUUACUUGGUUUAGCGGAACAUUUCCGUACAUCAAAUCCUCCUGACAUAAAAAGUUGUAUUCAGUGCCUUCAAGCCGUAUUUAAUUUCAAACCACCGCAAAGGGUCGAGGCCAGAACACAUUUACAACUCGGGAAUAUCCUUUUGACACACACUAAAAACAUCGACUUGGCGAGAACGCAUUUGGAACAGAGUUGGUGUUUAUCUCAGACUAUCAAUGGUUUCGACGAUGUCAAAUUCGAAGCAGCAAGUGUCCUAGCUGAGCUUUUUGAACAACAGGGUCAACCAACACAUUCUAAACCCAUAUUACGAAAAGCUAUUGAGUUAUCACAACAUAGUGUUUACUGGCACUGCAGGCUAAUAUUCCAAUUGGCACAAAUCCAUGCAACAGAAAGAGAAUACGAAGUAGCAAGUAGUUUACUGGGUGUAGGUGUGGAUUAUGCUCAGAUUUCCAAUGCAGCAUAUACAAGAGUAUUAUUCCUGCUGAGUAGAGUUAUGUUAUUGUUAAUAGAUAAAAAAAUCCAGGAAGUGUUACCAUUACUGAACCAGGCUGGACACCUAGUGGAAACUUGGGCGGGCAGCCUUCAUCAAAAAGAGUACCUUAAAGUCUUCUUCCUUGUGUUGCAGGUAUGUCAUUAUUUAAUGGCUGGACAAGUGAAGAGUGUGAAGCCAUGCCUUAAACAGUUGCAGCAGAGCAUUCAGACGAUUAUGGCGCCUACAUGGCCAGACGAUGAUGCAGUGUGCGGCAGCGCGGCGGGGGAGUCGUUCGUGUGGCUGUCGCGCCAGCAGCUGUACGUGCUGGUGUACCUGGUGACGGUGAUGCACUCCGCGCAGGCCGGCUACAUGGACAAGGCGCACAAGUACACAGAGAAGGCGCUGGCGCAGAUAGACAAGCUCACUUCGAGCGAGGAGAGCUGCGCGGGCGGCGCGGGGGGCGCGGGGGGCGCGGGCGGCGUGCGCGGCGGCGCCACGCUGGCGUGGCGGCUGCGCAUGGCGCUGCUGGAGCACGCCGCGCUGUGCCGCCUCGUGGCGGGCGGCAAGGCGCAGGCGCUGCACGAGAUCGCGCGCGCCGCACACCUGCUCAACUCGGCGCCCAACCCGAGCACGGCGGCGCUGCACACGCCGCAGCUGCACUGCCUGCUCGGCCUCUACGCCAUGUCCAUGAACUGCAUGGAGGCGGCCGAGGCGCAGUUCCACACCGCCAUACAUAUGUCACAAGAAAGGGACUUAUGGAUGUUCGCAAAACUUAAUUUGGCUAUUGUGUAUUUACGAGGGCGGAGAGACAACGACUUAGCACAACUCAUGGAACAGGUGCGGCCGGAGGCGCUACCUGCGUACGCGCACGGCCUGCGCGCCGCCUCGUACUACGUGCUGGGCCUGCAGGCGUUCUUCCAGGCGCGCUAUAAUGAGGCCAAACGGUACCUCAGAGAGACACUGAAGAUGGCCAACGCGGAGGACUUGAACCGACUGACUUCGUGCUCGCUGGUGCUGCUCGGACACAUCUUCCUCUCCAUCAACAACUCGCGCGAGAGCAUGAACAUGGUGACGCCCGCCAUGCAGCUCGCCAGCAAGAUACCCGACGUGCAUGUGCAGCUGUGGGCCAGUGCUAUACUUAAAGACCUGUACAGGCUAGCGGGGGAUACGGAGCGCGAGAACGAAGCGUACCAAAUGCAUUGCAACUUCUCCCAAGCCCUGCUCAAGGACCACUUCCAAGCCACGCAGCUGCCGCAGCACGCGCUCGUACACUGGACGAGCGGGCCGCCGCCCGCGCUGCCGCCGCCGCCCGGCAACACCGGCACA